UCAGUAGGUCGGGAAAUGUAACUGAAUUAUUUGUCAACCACGUCUGAUCGAGGGCAGAACGAAGCCAAAAAAAAAGCUCGCUUGCCUGUGCCACCUAUAAGUGCACUCUGACUGUGUGUUAUCAGCGGUGCGCCUGUGAUGACCGGAGCCCGUUUCUGUGAUCUUUCCUGAUCAUUCCUCGUUCUAGUGUGCAUCCCCGUUUGUUUGCGUGAGUGCUUUUAUUGUGCGGGUGAUCGUUAGUGUUAGUCGUGCAUGUUCUCUUCUAUCUACUAGUUGCCGUCCGGAGAAAGCAACGCGUUAUCAUUCCUAGCGCUUCCCUCUGAGCAGUCGCUUCCUGCGGGAAGCUGUGAAGGUGUCGUAACCAAAGAUUUGAUCGAUACGAUCAACGGACAACCAAUUGUUUCUGCCUUUGGGAUCGAGCACUGAGUCAGGGUGUGACCAGCAGCCGCAGCAGCAACAACUACUAUAGAAGUCAUGGGAAAGACCACGGCGAUCAGUACGGCCGAUGAGCAGGAGAUUGCCGAAGCACGCGGUACGACCGUUCCGGACAUGCUUUACGAUGUGGUGGCCCGCGCUGCAACAACAUCCGUCGGACAGUUCAUAUAUAAACGCGUCGACAACUUAUUGUGGACGAUAGAGAAAACGGCCCGAUGGUCUCUUCCACAACCGUCGCCGGCUGCAGUAAGCUCCAAAGCGUCAGCAGCCGAAGAGAGCGAAGACAUUGGCGGUAACAUUUCCGGCCCACCAUUGAUACGGCCGCUGCCGUGGUUACUCUUCCUUCCGGCACUGAUCGCACUGCGGAUGGUGCGUAGUGCGCUGUCCAUGGGUGCUCGCUUUGUUGGCCGGGGUCCCGUGCUACCCUCGUCCGUGGUAGGGUUUUUGCAAAACAAGCGACGGAAGCUACGUGCUCUUAAGUACCGAGGUCAGCGAUUGCAGAGAAUCGCCAAAGUCGAGCAGGAGGCAGAUCCCAAACAGGUGACUUGGCUGCAGCGGAUCAUUCUACCGCUACGAAUGGUUAUCUGCACGCGCCCCUACAGUACGUUCGAUGCCAACUCUGACGUAGCGCAUGCCGUCAUAUUCCGCAAGGAUCGCCCAUCGAGCACUGGACAGAAGCGUGUUGUCUCGAAGAAGCGAAAUCUAAACCAGCGCGAAGCGGAAAGUGCCGAAGAAGAGGCAAGUGAUGAGGACUCGUUCGAGGAUGCGGGAUGCAAGGAACUGCUGGACAAGUACGCACACGAGGAAGAUUCGAGUUUUAACAUGGAGGAAGCUUCGUCCGCAAGCUCGGACGGUACCGACAGUUCCCUUUCCGAUGCUGAUCCUUCGCCCAAGAAACCUACGCUCGACAGUGACAAUAUUUCACGCCCACAACAACAGCACUCCCAGCCGAAACAAAACGGAGCACAGCAACCACCAUCUAAGGCAGACGCUUUGAAGCGUUCGUCAAGUGAAAAUAAGAAUGGCGUCGAAUCGCAACCAUCGGUCCCGAAGCCUUCCACACAAAAGAAUAUCAAUGCUGGCAAUCGAUCCAAAUCUGCCGCUGACUUGGAAAAUGGAAACGUUCAAUCGUCUCACACAGCUGCUCCGGAUGGCAAAAAUGCGGGCACCACCAACAUGUCCAGCCAUACUACACCUUCCAAGAGCAUCCCAAAUCUUUCCAGUUCGCCCGAAAACAAUGAAAACAAACCGAUCAAUCAGAACGUAUCUGGUGGGCCGACCGUUGCUGCUGCGUCUCAGAUCAAAUCACCAUCACCGACGGUGCUUAAGGCAACGGGGGCCAAGCAGUCCCCGACCAUGAGCGAGGUUCGCACUAAUUUUCAGCAGCAGAAACAAGCGAGUCAAAAGCUCCUCGCUUCAUCCGGCGCGGCCGCUCAUCAUCAGCAACAGUCGCAACAAUCUGCACCACAACAGCAGCAACAGCAGCAGUAUGUCGGCAAUGGCGCGAAAUCUCGCAACAAGAAGGGACCCACUCAGCCCGUUGCUUAGGAACCCAGGGUAAUGGUAUCGCUGCUUAGGAGGGAAGGACGUGAACGCUGCCUUCCGUUACUUGUUCGUUUCUCGUGUUGCGCUGCAUAUGUUAUAAUAUUGUUGUAAUAUGUAAUUUGUCUUGUUUAUGUUUGAAUAAUGUUUGAAAUGGGUCUGUUUUGUUUCUUCGUGGUUUUACUGUAGUUUCGCGGUAGCGAUCGUUAAUAAAUUUUGCCCACAAGCGUCUUGUUUCUUACUCUA